GCUUCAGCGCCUCCUUUAAAGGCGGAGAGGCACCCAUUUUGGGUUGUGUUGCUAAAGCUUGAUUAUUGCGGCUUUCGUUUAAUCGAAAAUGGUCCGUAAAUUGAAAUACCAUGAGCGGAAGUUACUUAAAAAAGUGGAUUUUAUUAACUGGGAGGUUGACAACAAUAUCCACGAAGUAAAAGUACUUAGAAAAUAUCAUGUGGAUAAAAGGGAAGACUAUACAAAAUACAACAAACUUAGCAGGAAUGUCAGAGAGCUUGCUCAGAAAAUCCGUGACCUUGAUGAAAAAGAUGUUUUUCGUAUCCAGAGUUCAGCCAAGCUUUUAGAGAAACUCUAUGCAAUGGGUUUGAUACCCACUAAACAAAGUCUUCAGUUGUGUGAAACUAUUUCUGCUUCAUCGUUUUGCAGGAGGCGUCUCCCGUCAAUUGUAGUCAAGCUUCGAAUGGCACAAAACCUAAAGACUGCUAUCACAUUCAUUGAGCAAGGACCAGAUAUUCGAGUAGGACCAGAAGUAAUAACAGAUCCAGCCUUCUUGGUGACAAGGAACAUGGAAGAUUUUGUGACAUGGGUGGACUCUUCUAGGAUUAAGAAGCAUGUCAUGGAAUACAACGAGGAGAGAGACGAUUUUGACCUUGGUUUAUAAGACCAGAAGAUAUUUGUUUCUACUGCUGAAGACAACUGUGUGGUUCAUUUCUGACGAGAAGAGUGUUGUUUCUUCCCUGUUUGUUUUUCCUGUUCCUACUUCAUUUUAUGACAUAAUGAAUCGUGCUGUUUCACAUCAAAAUGUAUAUACAUUAGGCUGCUUGUAUUUCACCAGAAAUCUUUAUUGCUAUAGUAAGAAAUAUUUAUGCAUGUAAGACCAUGGCCUGGUGAAAUAAAUGAAUACAGAGAUUCACAAAUUUGUAUAGACUUUUAAUGAGCCAGGCAUGUGUCUUUAGGUGAAAAACAGUUUUUGUUUAUGUAUUUAGGGUGUGGCUAUAUGAGAAUUAAAUUUGUAUUUUGAUUUUAUUUCCUAUAACUAACUGCAGUACUGCAGACUUCAUAAUUGUAAAAUUCUGUCACAAACAUAAUUACACAAUCAUCGUCUGAUUAGGAAUAGUUAGAGAUAUCAUGUACUUGUAGUAACUAAAUAUAUGAGAAAAACAUCAAAUUAGCAUUUCAGAGGGUUGGGGGUUUUGGACUGGUGUUACUGUUAAAAAUAAAUCUUUUUUUUA